AUGGUCUCCAAGAUCUUCUGCGCCAUCGGCGCUGUUCUCGCCCAGCUCGCCCAUGGCGCCGUGAUUGUUCCCAUCGCCAACUACGCCGUCAACGAGGUCGAGUGGAAUCUUCCCAUCGAUCCUAACGUUCCCACCGGCCCACGCGAGGUCGUCACCGGCACAGUCCAGGAGGCCAUCGCCAAGAUGGAGAUCUCCCACCCCGGCUGGACCCAGAACUUCACCGCUGCUGGAACGUCUAUGUCACUGGUGACAACUGCUAGACGAAUCAACAUGGCAACGCAUGUUCGCUUGUUGAUCGAGCCGCAGAACGCAGAGACGGUUAGAUGGGGUCUCAUUGGCUGA